AUGGGUUUAAGGCCUUAUCAUGUCCUGUACUUUUGUUUGUUUCCACACAAAGAGGUUUUAUUAAAAAAAAAAACAAAAAAACGAAAUGUUCUUAUAAUCAUGGUGGUGCAAACGAGACUAGAAUAUGGAUUCAAUGGCUAUGAGGUGCCUCACACACCUCGAGCUGCAAGAUCCCCAAGAAAGAGUGCUUUCAAGAAGAAAAGCGAAAACAAUCAAAUAUCAUCGUCCUUCGAUUUGUUGGCUGCGGUAGCUGGAAAAUUACUGCUUGAAAGUGGUGGGGUUUCUUCUUCCUCAAGUAACAACGCCUCGGGAGAUAAUAAUGAAGAUCAGUGUGGGGGUAAGAAAGAACCAGGCGAUCAAAUGGUGGUGGAAGAGCCUCAUUGUGAUCAUCAUGAUGAUAAUAAUGCUGAAAGGAGUUUCUUUGUCUCUGAGAUCCUUCCAAAAGCUCAUGAAAUGGAAAGCUUCAAUAGAUCUCCAAACCCUAAUAAAGAUUUCCUAUUUGGAUCUACCUCUGGUAUAACUUAUGAUUCCUCAGAAAAGUUUGGAACUCAAGAACUAGCGUAUGAGGAAGCCAAGAUCCACAAUGGUGAUUGUUUUAGGUCAGAUACUAAUGACAAGAAACCAAUGCUUGAGAGGCUAAACUGUGAACCAGGGGUAUCAAGGAACAAGGAUAAGCAUCCUAUACAUUUACUCAAUGGUAUUGAAAAUAAUGAUGGAGAAAAUUUCUCAGCUCGUUACACAACAAAAUCAUUUAGGUCAACACUGCGUGUAGGAGAUGGAAGAGUAAAGAAAUUUAUGUCUUCGAAGUAUUGUAAAGUCUCUUCAAAUCAGAAAGAUACAAUGGUAGCUAGCUCAGACCUGGACUUGAAGCCUGGUUAUUACAGCAAGAAACAUUGUCUCAAAAGCUUAAGAUCAGAGAAGAAAUUUCCAAUCAAGAAAAGAAGAUACUUUGCUGGUUAUACAGCCUCACAAUCAGAAGAAACAGUUAGAAAUGAAGGCCUUUCUGGUUCACCUCAAAAGGCUUUUCUGUCAACCAUAGCUUGCCAGAAGCAGCCAGCUUUCCAGUCAAAAGAUUCUCAUGUGAAACUUGGAAUCAAGUCCUUCAAAGUUCCUGAACUUUUCAUUGACAUUCCAGAGACUGCUACUAUUGGUUCCCUCAAGAGGACAGUCUUGGAAGCUGUGACCACCAUACUUGAAGGUGGAUUACGCAUAGGUGUUCAUGUUCAUGGGAAAAAGGUUAGAGACGACAAUAAACUGCUUGUUCAAACUGGAAUCUCUCUAGACACUCUUUCAGAUACCUUAAGCUUUUGUCUUGAGCCCAAUCCUCCACAGUCCACAAAACCACUUUGUCCUAAAGAGUAUGAUUCUGUGCGUCUAUGUAAUGUACCUCACACUCUAACUAGGUGUCUCCCAUCACUGGGGAAACAUGCUAAGCCAAGUGACUCUGCAGAAAGUGACCUUGACUCCAAACCUACUGCACCAUUUGGGGCUAAACCAUUCUACUCCAGGGCUUUGGUUCCUGUCUCUCCUCCUCUGCAUGCUCAGGCUUUAAACGUAGUCCCACCUCGGAAACCUAAGCGAUCCGAGGUGGCACAGCGCAGAAUCCGUCGACCUUUCUCUGUUGCAGAAGUAGAGGCGCUGGUUCAAGCUGUGGAAAGACUUGGGACCGGAAGGUGGCGUGACGUAAAGCUGAGAGCUUUUGAUAAUGCAAAGCACCGGACUUAUGUUGAUUUGAAGGACAAAUGGAAGACGCUGGUGCAUACAGCGAGAAUAUCACCGCAGCAAAGGAGAGGUGAGCCAGUUCCACAGGAGCUCUUGGACCGAGUACUAUUGGCUCAUGCCUACUGGUCCCAACAACAGGGGAAACAACAGUUGCUAGAGGGACCUCAGAAUCUUGAGACUAGUCUUGGUCUAUAG